AACAGGCGACGCACUGAUUUGUGAUGAAAGAGAACUGGGUUGGGUGACUCAAUAUAACAGAUGAGGGUAUUAGACUAAAAGUGCUCAAUUUUUGCAAACUUAGAGGAGAAAUAGUGCUCAAGGUUAUAUUUGGAGGACAAAAUUAGACCUAACCUAAAGAUAAGGGAUAAUUUUGGCCAAAAACUUCGUCAUUGUUCCUUUUCUUCGUUUUUUUUCAGCUACUAGCCGUCAGUAGAAAUAACAAUGGAGUCCAAAGUCCUCCCACCGGCGCCGUCAAUUUCUGGCUUUCCGUCUUACUCCGGCCACUGGAACCUUCAAAGUCCGGCUGCAAAAUCACCGGCGCCGGCAACAACGCCGUUAUCGGGUCAAGAAAUACGGCGAUGGAGACCGGCGGCGCAACGAAACUUGAGAAACCAGUGGUCGAAAUUGGCUUCCCUAAGGACUCAAUGGCUUGACUUAUCAUCUACUGCUCGAUUUUACGCUACCUCAGUAGUAAAUUCCUAUCUCUCCCAAAGGUAUAUGGAUGCAAUGGAGUUGGGUAUUUUGAAAGAGAUGCCUGAUAUACGUAAAAAAGCAUGUAGAAAAUUGUUCAAGCAGCAGGAGACUAAUAGGAGUAAGCUCUUGUCAUCUUACAAAGAUAUGGUGGCUGUUGUAACUCAGAUGGUCAAUAUUUCGAAAUCUAUGAGGUGUUAUCUCAAAGGAACAACUGGCACUCCACUUACUGAGUUUUCUUGCUUCCCUGGAAAUCAGAAUGAUGCUGGUGAUUGUGAUGGGAUUCCUGUUUUCACCUUUUGGUCAAUCUUUGAUUUCGAGAAACUAGCAGAGGAGCUGCUCCAGAUGUUUGUGUCAGAAACAAAUAUAAAGCGGUUGCUAGUGAUGGAAAUAUGCUCCAUUGGUUCCGAGGAUUUUUCACAAGUCGACAGGCUGAAAUGGAGUGAUGAGUUCUAUGUGGGAGAGUUUGAUGAUCUACGCAUAUGUAAUUCAAACUCAACUGAGGUUCUUAAGCAACUCGUGCCCAGGGUAGAGAACUGCAAUUCUCAGUCUACCACUAUGCAAUCAAGUAGCCAAUUGGAGAGGAACGUUCUCCAGGUUUACUUAACAACCUGGCUUGCAGAAGUCAAUGUUGAUAGAUUCAGGAUAGGUGAAUUAUUUGCUAUGGUAAGUGAGGAGAUGCAUGUUACCAUAUCAUGAAGCCUCAACUACAUAG